AUCUGGGAUGUUCUUGGAAGUCUCCUGUGCUCUUCCAUCAAAGUCUUCUGUCAUCAGUAUCUCACUGCCUCUCUCUUUCUGAAAAGCAACUUCAUGCGGCAGGAGUGUCUGGACUCCAGGUUCGUCUUCGAUAGACCUCUUCCUGUGUCUAGACUGGUCUCGCUCAUCGGAAGCAAAACUCAGAUUCCCACACAGCGCUACGGCAGACGGCCCUAUGGAGUGGGGCUGCUGAUCGCAGGAUAUGAUGACAUGGGGCCGCACAUCUUCCAGACGUGCCCCUCAGCCAACUACUUUGACUGUAAAGCCAUGUCGAUCGGCGCUCGCUCGCAGUCGGCCCGCACAUACCUGGAGAGACACAUGGAGGCCUUCUUGGACUGUAAUCUGAAUGAGCUGGUGCAGCAUGGUCUGCGUGCGCUGCGGGAGACUCUUCCUGCUGAACAGGAUCUGACCACAAAGAACGUGUCCAUUGGGAUUGUGGGAAAGGAAAUGGAGUUCACCAUCUAUGACGACGAUGAUGUGGCAUCGUUCCUGGAGGGUCUGGAGGAGAGACCCCAAAGAAGGGUGGCCCAGCCAGCAGAUGAAGCGGCUCCAGCUGUACCUGAUGAACCCAUGGAGCACUAGCAUGUUCUUCUGUAGUUCUGUCUGUGGCACUUCAAGUUGACUGGAGCUUCUCUGGCUCACUGAAAUAAAAUAAAAAAGUAACAUUUAAACUCCUCACACAUUAUACAUUACACAAUGAAACCUACAUUUUCUAUCUGUGAGUUUAAGAGUAAUAAAACUGUUUUUGUUUCUUUCUGAG